AUGGCAUCUUUCUGCCCCCGCGACCCGCCGCGGCACCCGCCCGAGCCUCCGCGGCUCGCGGCCGCGCAGGCGGACGCCUGCGCGGCCGGGACCGCGCGCGCCAGCGGGCCGCCGCGGGGCGAGCCGGGCCAGCGGUCCUCGUGGCUGGAGGCCGACGGAACCCCGUUGCUUCUCGAAGACGACGGAGACGAGAAGUCCGACGAAGAGUCCGCGGUCCUGACCAUUGCGGAGAACAUGAGCCCGCGGUGUUGUUCGGAGGAGCAGGUCCUAUCGGCAGGCGGCGACGGCGCCGUCGCAGACGGCAUCCCGCAGCCCUGCCCGACGGGCGACAGCGAGGGCGUAUGCGAGCCACCCUCCAGGAACCCCAAGACGAUAGGCCUCCCCCGAGCUCGUGACGCAGCCGCAGAGCGAGGCGACCAGCCUGACGCCCUCGGACAGUUGCCAGUACGCCGCUGGGCCUCUCGGCCCGCCAGGACCGGACACUUUCGGCUCGCCGCCCCAGCCGGUCGGCGGCGCGGCCGCGGGCCGCUUCGUGUUCCCCGCCGCCCCGGCCGACGGGGACGGCGCGGCCACGGCAACGGCCGCCCCGCCGGAGACGCCCAGCUGUGCCCCGCCGGAGACGCCCGCGGGCCGCUGCGGGCUAGCGCCGGCGACGCCCGCGAGCGUGUCGUCGCCGGCCGGGGCGUCCGGAAGGUGGGGCUCCCUCGGCUCGGCGCGCGCCGGCAGCGCCAGGACGGAUGGCCGCGGUGGCGGCGGCGAUCUCCACGGGGGCGAAGAGCUUGACCAAGGCCGCGGGGAGCCUCGGCGGCGGGCGCGGAAACGCCGCCGUCCCUGCAGGACCUUCGGGCUGUGGGCGGCACCCCGGCCCAGUCGCCGCAGUGGGCGGGGCUGAUGUCUCCCGGGCUUGCGCCGACGCCACCGAUGUCCACCGCGAGCACGGCGGCCACCAAGUCCAGCGUCAUGAUGAAGCUGCGGGCCCUCAGCGAGGAUGCGUCGUCCUCGUCCUUCAUGGGGACCCCGGGCCCCUGCGCCGCCACGACCCCUGGCUGGAGAGCGGGCUCCCGCUGGAGCUGGAGCGGCAGUGGAGCCUCGACGUCGGCCUCGGGGCCGCCGCCCCGCUCGCGGCCCCCGCCUCCGCCGUGCAGAGCGCAGGCGUCGCCUUCACCGAGGGCGGCGGCGGCGGCGGCUGCGCCACCGACGAGGAGGGGGGCUCGGCCGCCGGGCGGCCCCGCGCGG